AUGACAGUGAAGACUAUACUCAGAGUCCAGAUGAAUGGACUGAUGAUCAUGGUAAUACCAACACCUGUAGAAGCACUACAAAGACAGAUGCCAAUGAAAACAGAAAAUGAGACAGUUAUGAGCCAAAGCAACGACAAGAUACUAGAUAAAGGGACAGAUAACAGAAUUUCAAAAGGUACCACGGAUAAUAAUAGUGGCAAAGAACAGAGUAGAGAAUCUGAUGAUCACAAUUCUCUAGAUGGUGAAGAAAAUAAGGGUGAUGAGGAAGAUAAUUACUGCGGUAUGGCAAUUGAGAAACACCCUUGCGAUGCUUCAUAG